AUGGCGGAUUUAGUUCCAGGACUCCAUUCUUGCUCCGAAGCUCUCUGCUUUCUUAAGUCCUCGUUUCCAGUUGUAAAGAAGAAGAAAAACAGAGGAGGGAUGUCUCUGGUGAAUUGGUGCCGUGAAGCUCUGGGGCUGCGGCAGAAGGAAGCAAAGAUCUUGUUCUUGGGGCUGGAUAAUUCAGGGAAGACCACCCUGCUUCGCAUGCUGAAGGAUGAGAGAUUGGUUCAGCACCAGCCCACCCAGUUCCCGACUUCAGACAAACUGCGUGUAGGGAAGAUAAAGCUCAGAGCUUUCGACUUCAGUGGUCGCCAGAUCGCUCGCAGAGCCUGGCCGGACUACUACCCUAAGGUGGAUGCAGUGGUAUAUCUGGUGGACGCCUGCAACAAGGAAAGGUUUGCGGAAUCAAAGAGGGAGAACGAUGCCCUCCUUUCGGAUGAAGCUCUUGCUAAGGUGCCUUUCCUCGUGCUGGGGAACAAGAUGGAUAUCCCGCAUGCAGCUUCGGAGGAUGAGCUGCAAUAUGACCUCGGGCUCACCGGCUUGACGACUGGCAAAGGGAAAGUGAAUCUUACAGAUCAGACUGUUAGGCCCCUCGAGGUGUUUGCGUGCAGCGUCGUGCGCAAGAUGGGCUACGGGGAAGGGUUCAAGUGGAUGUCGCAGUACAUCAAGUAG